AUGACCGAUCUAAGCUCGCGCACUGUCUUGCUUCCCUUGAUCUCCGUUGAACGAUAUCGUAACGAUGUGAUGGCCUCAGUUCUCUCCUCGUCCACCAAUAACAACAACUCACCAAUGCAGCUGGGGGCCUUACCGGCGCCCAUGCAUUUGUGUAAUCGCGUAGCAAAGUUCGUGUGUGUCUGUGUGGGCGGGUGUUUGCAAACUGAUGGUGCGUGCAUGCGUGUGCGUGGGUGCGAGUCCAUGUGCUGCACUGUGCUCACUCCACAGUUCCGCAGCGCCGUGGCGACGAGGCCGAGUAAACUAGGCGCACGUCCCACCGAAAGUUGGCAGCGUUUUGUGGUUGAACACACUGAAACUGCAGCUCUGGACGUAGCUUACGCCGGUGUACUGAUGGAAAGUUUUCAGAAAGUAGCUUCGGGAGUUCGAAUCAUCCUUGAAAACGAAUUCGGAGAUCAGCAGGAGCUUCUUGGCCCCAGCAAUGAGGUGGACCUGAAAGCAGACACUGUCUCCACAUCAAAACGCGACCGCGAUGGCAAAAAGCUUCGUGAGUCUGUGCUGGCAUCCUGGCUCAAAACAGCUAGUGACCGUCGAAAGAAGCUACAGACGCUAAUGGACGAGUACAACGAACUCGUUAUCGCAGUCAAACGGGGCCACUGGGGGCCCCUAACAUGGCUUGAAGACCAUGCCGCAGAUGCCGAGAGCACAGUUCCGCCGUCGAUGCACAUUCGGGCUGAGUCACACGGCUGGCGUGGCCGCGACAUCCUGGUGCUGGCAUGGUCGUACGCAAGCCCGUGCACGCGCACCGAUGAGUCAUUUCGCGUGCGACGCCUGCUCGGCCUCAUCCUUGCCCUCCGAGAUGGCGGAACACUACGUCGAUCAACCCUACUCAUACUUUGGUCCUUUACUGCUGGAAUGCAAAUCUGA